CUCUGAUGGUAAACAGAGGCAGUAUAAGAAAGACUUCCUUCGACGCGCAUCAGGAGUGACGCUUUCAACUUACAAGACGGCUGAUGCUGUGUAAGGUGAAGCCACGUCUGUGUCACUCAUGGAUGUUAGGGGUGUUGUUAGCCCUGGUGGGUCGACAUCCAGAGCAGAUGAGGAGCAAGACAAUAUAGCACUCCUUCGGGAUGCUGUGCCUCAGCUAGAGUCUCUGUUUGUUAUCAGUCAGUGUAUUGGACAUGGCACGUUCAGCUCUGUGUACUUGGCUCGCACCAAACACACCACUACCAUCAAUGGCCGGCAUCACUUUGCUAUCAAACACAUUAUACCUACGUCUCACCCGUCAAGGGUCUACAUGGAACUGAAAUGUCUGAAGCUGAUUGGUGGUUCAGACAACGUAAUGGGGGUGACGAUGUGCUUCCGAGAAAUGAACCACGUUGUUCUUGUGAUGCCUUACUUCCCACACGACUCCUUUGCUGACUAUGUUGGCUGUUUGACUAUAACAGAGCUACAGAAUUACCUAAGAAACCUUCUGAUUGCCCUGAGGAGGGUGCACAGUUUUGGCAUCAUACACCGGGAUGUCAAACCGGCUAACUUUCUCUACAACCGAAAACAACAGAGGUACUCUUUGGUGGACUUUGGCUUAGCCCAGGAAGUCAGCCAAAUAAAGACAUCGGCCAUGCAUGGCAACUUAGCGCGAAUAAAUCGUGCAAGAAUAGAGGCUGCGAACCAGAUACUCACGCCACCCACAGUGGAGACACCACACCAUCCUGCCAACAAGACAGUGAAGAGGAAGCUGGUUGUUAGUCCUGGAGAACCAACAGAGGCUGAGAAAAGUGUCAAACGAGCAAGGCAGGGAUCACCUCCAUCAACAUCUGUGUCUAGCAUCCUCUCUACUACAACAAACAGAGUUAAUACAGCAUUACGUCGUUCACCAAGAAAGCAGUGUUCCAUUGCACCAUCACCAAAGAAGGAAAAUUUUGAGUUAAUGGGGACACCAAGGAAGGUUUCGAUUCAGAGUUCAAAUGUGCAACAGGACUCCCCAAGCAAACAUACCAGAAAUGCUGAAGCUAAUCGUAGGUUAGAGUCACCAGACUUUAAUGGCUUUGAGGGUUCUGGCCAAUCUCAUCAGCUCAUGCGACAAGAAGGUGCAAGAGUUUUAAGACGUUCUCCUCGAAAACCAGCACCUGUGAACAAUACGACCACUCAGCUUGAGGGCUUAGCUAAACAUUUGCAGGAGGUUACAUCAAGACAAGCAAGCAAAACCCCGGUAGCAAAAGUGGAGAUCACAGACAUAUCAAGCACGAGUAAUGAAUCAUCAUUAGCAAGUAAAAGUUUCACACAGCGACACCGUCAGAUGUCCAGCGUUACAGCUCUUAGUGCCAGAGUCCCUCGAAUUGCCAAAGCGUUUCAGCAAAAGCAAGGACCUUCUACUGCCUUCAGGGAUGUGAGAGUGCUACAAGAGGUACAAACCAGAAAAGGAGCAAUGUUGCAGCCAGUGAGUUGUAAAUGUUAUGGUCAUCCCCGAGUCUGUAGUGUGUGUGUUACAAGAACAAAUCAGGUGGCCCCAAGAGCAGGCACACCAGGUUUUCGGGCUCCUGAAGUGCUUCUGCGUCACCCUGAUCAAGGAACCGCUGUUGAUAUGUGGUCAGUUGGUGUUAUCCUGUUGUGCCUUCUAAGUGGACGUUACCCGUUCUUCCGUGCUGUUGAUGACCUCUCCACCUUAGCUGAAAUUGCUACAUUACUUGGGACACAAGUGAUGAAGAAGACAGCAGCACAUUUGGGAAAAUUGUUUACUUGCUCAGAAACCAGAAAUCCACUUGAUUUGAUGAAAGUGUGUGAGAUUCUUCGUAGCAACUCUAGGAGAAGCAACAUCAACAUAGACAAAGAGACCAUGUCACAGCCUUGUCCAAGUUGUUACCAGCAAGAAACGUGUGUGUGUCUCAUCCCCCCCACCAAGGCUACUACCUCACAGACUGCAUCUGGGCAAGCCAGCAAAAAGAGAUCACAGGCCCAGGAACGACAGCCUCUCAAAACACCUGGGACACAGCGUAAGGGAAAUACACUGGCUGGUGCCUCAUCAACCUCAAGGACAGAAUCUGAGGCUGCAGCCACUAGUAAAAAAGCACAGGAGCAGAUGCAGGUACAGCCCCAAGGUCCAGCAACACCCAAGCUAAAGGAGGAGGAGCAGACUAAAGCAGCAGCCUCAGACAGUAGCUGUAUCGUGAUCACCCCUUCCUCCUCUUGCAAGAAAAUGCAGCCUGAGCCAGAGCUGCCAAGGGACUCCCUGGAGGUGAUUGAGGUUAAAAUUAAAGAAGACAGACACUGCAAUGCUGUUGCUGCGGGCACCCACUUGUUUACCACCUGUUGAUUAGGCUCCUAGAUCCCAAUCCAGAUACUCGCAUUACUGCUCAAGAAGCCUUAGAUCAUCCCUUUUUAAAAUGUCCCUUAGGUUAGCUAUCUAGGUACAUAUGUAUGGUACAGUACUGCGUUUGAGGUAUUUUUAUACGGUUUUGAUUAAGGGUUAGAGUUCAUUAACUAAGGCAAUUCUUGGUAUGUUAAAGUUGUGUUAGAAUAUUUGAGAUUGAUAUAUUUAUUAUGAUAUUUACAGUGGUGAUAAUAAGGCUGAAACUCAAGCAUAAGGAAGUGGACAUGGCUGUCUCAUUGUAUAUUAUAUUUGUACAAGUACAUUGUUUUGACCAUUGGAUUAUACAUUCUGUUGUAUUAUUCAUCUUUUUCUUUUUUUUUUCUUUACAGUACAAUUAAUAUUAGUUUGAAACAUAUUAGUAUUCAUAUAAUAAUGGUACUUUGGAACAGGAGUAGGAGUUAAGUUAAACGAAAUAGGACAUACCAAAAAAAAGAACACAGUAAUGAGAUUAAGAAAGGCAUAAAUCCAGGAAAUGUUUAACUUUUAAUGUUAUGAAAUGAUAAUGGAGAUUUGCAAUUAUGAGAAGUUCUUGAAGUUUUAUUGUUUAUUAUCUUCUAUAUGUAUGUAUUUGUAAAGAUCAUGAAAUUAAAAAUUAUUAGAUGCUGAGCUGCCAAA